AUGAUGUUCACUUUGAUGAUACAAGUAGUGGUCUUUGGGCUCGUUGUCGUUUCGAAUGGUGUUGUUUCGAGUCAGCAUGAUGUUUGCACUAGUGGGCCGCUGCGUCCCUUGAUCCCUUUUCAUCACGGUGAAACAAGCUCGACUGGAACGGUGAAUGCUUCGGGGUCCUAUUCUCCAGAAUACGAACCGUACCAUGCAUUUAGCAGUGACUCGGUUUUUUGGAUUUCCAAGGUCUAUCAAGAUCUGGCAUGGAUUUCGUAUACCUUUAGAAAUGGGCAGGAUCGGACGGUCCGUGGUUAUCGGUUCUUGUUUUGCAAUGGUGAUUCACUCAAAACGCGAGCACCGAAACGAUUCGAGUUGCAAACUUUAAAAGUGAAACUGCCAGAAGACGCUUCCUCAUCAUCAUUGAACAUAUUUCUUCAUGCCGACUCGUGGAGGACUGUUGACUCGCGGUGUUGCGAAACUUUGUGGCAUGGCUGUGAAGAACGCACCUAUUACCUUGGUACCCCAGCCAACGGGACACAUUUUCGAUUCCUCUUCCACGAAGAUAAUGACGCCCGAGCGCCGAUCGUGGUUGUGAGCCUCCGCAACAUACAGCUUCUUUGA